AUGUUCGACUUUAGCGACGACGCGUCGCACCGCGAAAAAUGUUACACCACUAUCUCUCAAUUACCUCGAUUUGUCGAUCCAAACCAAGUGCCAAGGAAGAGAUCUCCCUUCUCGACUAUCUUGAACCAUGCCUUUGUGCAUACUGUUGAGGUCAUUCUUGAAGAAGAUAUGUACGCUGAGAUUCAGACGUCACUGGGCAAGCUAGAUAAGCCACGGUCUGCGCGUGUCUUCAUGUCACCAUCAGACCUGUUGGAGCAUGAGUUCUUCAACACGUACAUCAAGACCGGCAAUGUGAUGAUGAUCUCAGAGGGACAAGCAGGGUCAGACACACUGUUCACCCUCAAUGACGGGAUCCUGAGGAUCGAGCUGGGGCGAGAGAAGUUUGAGCGUGUUGGCCUGAGUGGGAAACCCGUGCGAAGCGGUGGGAGAAAGCACACCAAAGAAAGAUUCUUGAUUGAGCUGAACUUACGACUACCAUCCAUGUUACACGGCAAGAAAGGGUUUGACAGGAUUGUAUGGGCCUUCAAAAAUGUCCUGGAUAGAUCCGUGGCAUGGCUUUUCUGUGACCUGGAUUCCAUCUCAUCUCCUCAAGCAGCUUCCAACCCGAUUGAAAAACAAAGCCCACAGUGGAUUACUCCUGAAAUGGCGAAGACGAGUCUCAACCGAGUGUCGAUGCCUCCUUUAGAAGGACUGGUAUCAUCUCAGAUGGCCGAGGACGAGAUGCAGCAAAACUGCGGUGCUCUCUCUGAAUGGAUUGGGCUGACGCAGAUGAGAUCUCCCCGGAUCUCGGCCGACGAUCAAAUCGACCCUUACUUGAGUCGCUAUGAGGUUCCAGGGACCGAAGUAUGCAAGACCGUUGAUCUGGUCAGUCUCAAAUGGCACGGUCUCAUUCCAGCAAAGUGGAUCCUCGAUCUCUACGCGUGUUUACUGAGCAACGGCCCAAAAGCUUCCCAUGGUUCUGAUCUCAAUUCGAAGCUGUUGUCUAGCUGGUUCGUGCUUGCUGCGUCAACGCUGCGCACGCAAGCCGUGGAGGGGAAGGACGGUUUCACUAUCGUUACUGCCCCCUCGAUUACUUUGCAAGCGUCAUCCGGUGAAGGCAUGAGCCGUCUAUCAUCAGAAGCUGAUGAAAAUCCACCACUCGAAGCUCAAAACCGCAAUGCAGCUCAGUCUGCCUGCUAUAAUUCUCAUUUCUACCUGUUCUUAGCCUGUCGAGCUCAGCUCGUGGUCAUGUCUUCCUCUUUCCUGUCUUCACAACCUGUGUUUGAGGACCAGGAGCCGUGGGCUCUCUUCGAGGCUUUCAAAACCAUCGACCACCAUCGUCCUCAAGCCAAACACAACCAAGACGAUGAGUAUUCUCACCCCCUGGAGGCCUCCUCCACUGUUCAGUGGGGAGGUCCAGCAUCUGCCCAAAGAGUGACCCCAACACUCCCGGUCCCCAGUGACGCUGAAGCGUCACUCCUUCACCUGCCAGAGGCACCCACAGCCUCUGAGUUCGUCAAUUUGACUGGUGUAACUGCAUCAGUCACACCAUAUAUGAGCCCGCCGCCUGCCGUGCCAGCGCCGUCGGUGCCACGGCGCAAGCCUCAGCCGGUGCCAAAGACAACCGUCCAGGGCAGCCGCGUGCAGAAGGCCGCCUCGAAGAAAACUCCUCGUCGGGAGAAGCCUCCAGUAUCCCAGAAAAUCACCUGGGAUAGCUUUCUCCAGCCCGUGGUACCCGAGGGCGUCGUCGCCAACCCCGGCAAUCAUGGACGCUGGGAGAUCGAUAAGUACGGCAACAGGACGUACCUGAAUCGACUGAAAGCUAAGCGAGCAAAGCCUGUGCGGCCUCAAGGGCCUGGUGCUGGCAUCAUUGUCUUCGGUCCUCCUCCUCCACCUCCCCCCGGCCCUUGGGUUCCUUCCUCGACUUUUCCGACUGUCAUCGUUUUGUAUAUGACUCUGCGUGUCAUGUAG